GAUUUCAGCAAGGACGGGAUUGCAUCGGAUUUGCAGCCGAGAUCGGCCUCGAUCCCAUCGAUCCGCAACGAUCGGUGGCUGUGCGGUGGGACGAGCGGCGGAGGCACCCAUGACCGUCCAGGUCAGUUUGCUGGAUUUCCCUUGGGUGCUCGACUACAUCCUCGCCACACGCUUCAAUUGCUCUUUGCGACAAAUCCGUCAUGCCGUUUGCAGCAUCGUUUUAACUUUGAGGACAAUCCUUUCUGCUGCUGUGGAGCUGGGCCUCUUGGUUUCUCAAGAUGCAGACAUCGACGGAUCCAUCUCGGCCAAGCCUUUCAUUGACAACAUGAUUCAUGUCAUCAGCGAGUGCUUGAAGAACUUUCCGUUGUGCUUAGACUCAGAGUUCUUUCAUUCCUUCUUGGAACCACUGCCAAGUCAUCUGAGAUUCCUUUGUGGGAACUUCCACCCGCUGACGCAUAUGCAAUUUGAGGACUCAGCGAAACAGAAGGCAUUCGAAGCUCAAACGAAGGCGAUAACACAAGCACUCUCUGAGCUUCCCUCGCAAUGUUCUAAUCUAGAACUCUAUAUGAGCUCUCAAGAGCCGGUGCUGAAACAGAUACAGCUCAUCAAGGAGCACCUUCGUGCACCUCUUUGGAUGCUCAUGCACGACUUCCGAAGUCUGCAGGGCGAGGAAAAACUUCUCGUCGAGGACGUUCGGCAAGCGGUGAGAGCAACUGCAGAGCUGCAGGCGAGGGAGACAGGAGAGCUACCCAAAUGGCCACAAGUGCUGGGCGACACUUUGCUGUUGUUGUUGCCCUUGUGGAAGCUCUCCGCACUGGCUGUGGCCAAGGGUCAGGAGUCGCUCACGCACUUCGUGGCUGGGCCUCCUCUCGGCGCGAAUUUGGGAGCACAGCGGUUGCUCCGGCGUUUGAUUGAAGUGCUCUUGAGUGAGAAGGCAGAUUUCAUGGACAUCGCACUGUGGUUUGCAGCCGAACCUUCAUCUGCUGCCCUCCUGACCAGUGGGGAAGCAGUGCGCUUCCUUUUACCAGAGGCUGCUAACGAUGACGAAUUUGUGUCUUUCCGGCAAGAAGGCUUGCUUCUCACGCAAGAAAACCUGUCCUAUUUGCAAAGUCACCUUCUAAGGCUGCCAAAGCAGCUGCGGGUACAUGUCUCUUCCUACUGGCGCAAGGCAGUAGAAGAGGUGCAUCUCUAUCUGCAGCUCUACCUCAGAGUCAUAGAGGCUUUCCUGGAGGUGCAAAAAGAGGUUCACAGCUUCGUACAAAACCAGCUGUUCAUCGAGGUGCUCCUAGGGCUGCCGUUGCUCACAUGGCUUUCCACUGAUGGGCUCUCGGUCCGCGGAAUACGUGCGUAGCUGGAGCUGUGAAAUCUGUGGAAUGCGCUCGAAGAUGAG